UUUUUAAGCUUUUAUUAACCGUCAUCAGUGUACACUAAUUCUGUCCAUCUCGGUGAAGCUAAGACUUGUGAAAAACCUUUGAAUGACGUGAAUUAGGCCUUGAGAAGGUGAAUAAAAAGCAUUAUGAUUUAUAGUUGAUGGUUAGGGUUAAGAAUUAGAUUUAAAGUUUUCAUUGCGAAAUGGCAUCAGGUCCCAGAACGCUAUUUGGCUAUACAAAUGAUUAAAUCUUGAGCCAAAAUCCAUGAUCUGUUUUCUUAAAUCUGGUCGGUGCGUCCAUAAGUCUUCUCCACUCAUUUAUUUGCUGAUCGACAAAUCUAAAACCUCACAGUUAAAAUUAUGAUGGAAUGUCAUCAUAUAGGGAAACUAACCGCACCCAGGGUAUAAGACAUAUUAUCUAACAGAAAACUGUGUAACAAACUUUCACAGGUUUUGUUUAGCACAACAGAUUUUCAGUUGUCAUGCUGACUACCAGCGACACAUUUACAAAUAUGAAGACUGGUAAGCCUGAAUACUCAAGAGGGUGGCAAUAUACAGCAACCAAUCUUUUGGGCGAUAAAAGAGAGAGCAUGUGCAAGAAUGUUUUACUUCAGCGAUCAAUUCUAGGACGCAGUGAUACACAUUGCCUAAAAGUCCCUCCCCCACCAUUCACUUACGGAAUAAAAAAUGUAAAAACCAGUGGUGUCUCUGAUGGUAUGUCAUUCCCUUAAUUAUUUUUAGCCCUUCACUGGAUUGAUGAUACCACAAUUCGUCAGAAGUCUAAUGACCAUAUAUAUCUAACUCGGGACUUCGUGGCACUAAACUGUGAUAGUGUAAGGCAGGGAGUGACAACAAGCAAGGAAAUGACUCACUUUAGGGAGUUACACGAUAGAUUGAGAUCGAAGCAAGCGAAACGCAGAUCAAGAACGGAGUCACCAAAACUACAUUUGGAUGUCACUCAUGGUAUGCCUAACAAAGCCUCUACGCCAAUUCAAGAAAUCCUUUCAAACAAAUAUCAAAAAGACUGGAUUGAUGCACAGAUGAGGAAAUCAGACAAAAUAGAAGCAAAAUUAGUUGGACUAACGAGCAUGUCCAGAAGAGUUAACCAUCCUGACACAGAUGCGAUGGUUAAAAGAAAUUGCAUGAGGAAAAACAAAGAAGAGAGCUUCUGGAAGUUGAAGAGGUUUGAACAAAAUGCUGUCGGGCGGAUAAACACAUUUAGAAACGAAGAAUGUCGAAGACUUGCAUUUGAAAAAGAUAAAAGCAGUAAGAUAUCACGAAUCGGAUUACAUGGUCAUGGAAUCCAACGUACAGGAGAAUGUGCAUAAAAACCAUUUGUCUUUAUGCUGCAGAACUACGAAAAACACGUUUAUUAGGAAACAGCCCAAAGUAAACUAGAAAUCUGCAGCAAAGUUGUUUACCUUGAAAACAACAACUUCAUUAUUUAA